AUGCGAAAGCAGUUCCCGUGGCGCCGUAAUGAAAUAAAAGCUAAGUGGAAAAACUUAAAAGACAAAUUUAGAAAAGAGUUGCAAAAAGAACCAGUUCGUCGUUCUGGUGAUGGUGGUAGUGAUUACAAAUCAAAAUGGCAAUUUUUCAAUCAGAUGAUGUUUGUUAAAGAUUCAUUAAUGCCCAGUUGUUUGUCCGGAAAUCUUGUUACUGCAGAAGAGCAAAAUAUCCAAUCACCUAUAUUUGAGGAAACUAACGAUGAUGGUCACUGCAUCGAAAGCGAUAUUGAUGUAAUGGGUACUAGUAGUAUAACUGACGUAUUAUCACCCUCAGCUGAAUCAACAAAACAUUCACUUUCUAUGCCAAAAUCCAAAAAAAAGAAAAGGCGCGCCGAUGAAGACGACACUCACACAUUUUUGGAACUGGAAAAACAAAAAAUAGCUAUACUUCAAAGAGCACAGGAACGAGAAACUAAAACAAAUGAUGAUCCAGAUGCACAGUUCCUAUUAAGUUUCCUACCAUACAUUAAAGAAUUUGAUCCACUAGAAAAACUGGAGGUAAGGACUCAAAUUCAGAAUGUAGUGUUGAAUGCCUAUAGAAUGAAAAAAAAUGUUCAUCAAAAUAAUUACCAGCCUUAUCUACUCCCUUCAUCAACCGCAGCCUUUCCGUUUACAACUAACGAAUCAUCUCAGUGGGUUUUACCUAACAACACUACUACAACUAGGUCCAACUCCAUUGAUCAAAAUGUACCGAUUACUUCAAGUUUGAGAAAUAAUCAGAAUUCUGAGUUAAUGUUGCCGGUAAAUAAUCAGACUACUGAGUUAAUGUUGCCGGUAAAUAGUCAAGAUCCUUAUAAUCAUAUUCUACCGGAACCAUUUUGAAAAAAACUUAUACAAAUAUUUUAUCAUAGAUAUACUCAUAGGCAAUACAGUAUUUACUAUUUUAAACUUGUAUGAAUAUAUUGUAUAUUAUGUAUUAUUAAUUUUAACAUAUAA